AUGUUAUCUACAACAAAGAAAAAUAACAUAACGAAUAAAUUUAUUUUUUGUUAUCAUUCGCAAGAUAAUGACGAAAUUGUAGAUACCAAACAAUUUUAUGAUAAAAAACUUGGAAUAAAACGACGUUUAAUUGGUUCAUCUUCAUCGAUAUCAUCAUUUAACAUGCAAAAACAAACAACAAAUGAAACAGAUAUUGGUGUACCUAGUCGAUUUUGUAGUGUUUGUGGAGACAUAAGCACUGGAAUACAUUUUGGUGGUAACAGUUGUGAAAGUUGUAAAGCAUUUUUUCGUCGAUCUGUUCAAUGUCUUCGUUUUCAAAAUUAUAAAUGUUCCAAUGAUGAACAAUGUCCGGUGAAUACUUCAACACGUAAAGUUUGUCAAUUUUGUCGUUAUGCUAAAUGUACAGCAAUCGGUAUGAAACCAAAAUGGGUUUUAUCCGAUCAAGAACGUGAAGAAAAAUAUGGUUCAAGACGAAAACGUUUUCGUGAAAAUCGUACAACUGAAGAAGAUCCAGAUAUUUUUAAAUUUUUAACGAAAGAAGAAAAACUACUUAUUGAAGAUAUAGCACAUGCAUUAUAUCAAUCUCGAGCAACAUAUCCAUUAAAUUUUCCAAGUCCAUCAAAUCUAUUAGGAAGUAUAUUAAAUUCAACAUCGGAUCAAAAAAAUGUACAAUCACCAAAUAAUGAAAAACCGCCAAGUACACCAGCUAAUAUUCUUAUUGUACCAAUUCAACGUCUUGUCUUAUUUGCACGAAUGCUCAAAGAUUUUGAUUUAUUUUCUGAAGAUGAUAAAGUUAGUUUACUUAAAGGUUCAGCUAUUGAAAUAAUGGUUUGUUCAUCAAAUACAUUAUUUAAUCCAAAAACUCAUACAUUUACAAAUUAUUUAUCACGUGAUCAACGUGCUAUUGUUGAUGAUCAAGUUUUACCACUUGAUCCAUUACUUAUUAAAUUAUGGGGAGAAGAAAUAUUUAAUCGUACACGAAAUUUUUUAAUAUCAAUGUGUAAUUUACAUGUUGAUGAAGUAACAUCAACAUUAUUAGUGCCAAUUAUUUUAUUUUCACCUGAUCGUUUAAAUGUUAUUGAUCUUAAUUUAGUUAAACGUUUACAAGAAAAAUAUUCUAUAAUUUUACGUAAAUAUAUGAAUUGGCGUUAUGGUGUUGAACAAACAGAAUAUCUUUAUCCGAAACUUUUACUUCAAAUUGUUAAUCUUCGUUCAUUAAGUUUAGCACAUGGUGAAAUUAUACAAAAACUUAUGGCUACAUCAAAUGUUAAUCCACUUGUACAAGAAGUUAGUAUGAAACCUGAAAUAUUAAAUCAAACAACAAGACACAAAUUUGAUUCAUUUUCAAUACCAUCAUCAUCUCCAUCUGAUAUUGAAAUGACAGAUUUUGACAAAACUCCAUCUAAUGAUACUGAAAGUAAUAAUGGUUCAGAUGAAGAUGAUUUUACGAAGAAACAAUCACGUUCAUCAAUUGAUGAUAAUUUUGAUUAUGACAAUGACAAUAUAGAUGAAUCAAAUCCACGUAAUAUAUGGAGAAAAAGACGAAAAUUAUCUAAUCAUAAUCGAAUGUCAUCAAUGAUGCAAACAGAAAUUACAACAAUUGGACAAACUAAUUCAAAUAAUAAUCAAAUAAAAGCAACUAAUGAUUAUAAAAAUAUUGAUCAAUAUCCACAAACAAAUUGUUCAUAUAUAAAACCACAUGAUCAUCAAGUACCAGCUAUGGUACAAGUACAUCAUGAUGAUUUUAUGAUUAUGUCAAAUACUGGAUAUUCUAUACCAAAUCAAUUUCGACAAUUAUCACCAAAAAACCAAUCAUUAACAACAAGUCCGCAUUCCGUUCAACAGUAUCAACAACAUUAUCGAACACAUUCAUCAUCAACAAAUGAUCUUUCAUCAUAUGAUUAUUCUUCGCGAUCAAAUCAAAUUUACAAUUCAACAAUGUUACCAACAACAGAACAAUAUUAUGAUGAUCAAACACAUGAAAAUUAUGGUCAAAAUUAUGCACAUAUGUCAGCAGCUAGUUAUCAACAACAACAACAAAAUGAACAACAAUUACUUCUUCUUUCAUUAGCAAAUAAUCAAAGUCAAACACAACCAGUUCAACCUUCAACUAAUCAUAUUACAAAUCAACACUCUCAAUCAGCAGCAUGCUUACCAACAAGAUCAGCACUUGAUGAAGAUGAACAACAAUUACUUAAUGCUAUUCAUGCACAUCCAAAUAAACGUGAUCUUGUACUUAAUCUUUUACGACAAAUGAAUCAAUCACCAUCAUUGACACCUUCACCAACUCAUCAACAACAACAACAACAACAACAACAAACAAGUUCAUAUUAUAAUCCUCAUCAAGAACAACAACAUCACUCAGAUUUAUCACCAAAUUAUAAACCAUAUAGAACACAUUCAUAUAUGGAUCAAAAUAAUGAAUAA